UGACCCAAUAUACAUCACUACACCUUCAUAGCCAUGUAGUUUAUCAGGGACCAUGUACAUUGUGCUCUCUGUGCAACCCCAAUCUGCCUCCUAUGAGCACUCUAUCACAGACUCAUGGUGCCAAAUCGUUCGCAUUCCUUUUCUGGUGCAGCCUCUGAGGGAGACGAGAGUCUUCAGUGCUCCAACUUCAGCGACAUGGCGAGUGUAUGCACCGAGAGGAUCGUCAAGGGCGUGGCAGGCGGCUCUGCCCUCUUGCCCUGCACCUUGUCGCAUCAUUCUCUCUCACACCAAGUCCACGUGGAGUGGAGACUCCAGGAGGUCAACAAGGGGCUGCUCAUAUUCAACAGUUCAAAUAACUACACCGAAGGGAAUUUCCAGGAUCGACUCAGACUGGUGGGAGACCCAACCAAGGGGGAGGCGAGCAUCAGCAUCACCAACCUGAACUGUAGUGACAUAAAUGUCUACCUCUGUCACAUCAAAGAGUUGAAAAUGAACCAACAGGGAAACAGCGAGUACAAUUACGCUGACCAACUUGGAACCCUCCUGGUCGUCGACGAUGUCCCCGUGGAAGCCAAUCUGACUACUGCAUCUAACUCAACAUCUUCUUUCAUGGUUUCCAUGAUAUCCAUCGGCUCCAUCUCUCUGGGUGCCGUCAUCGCGUGCGUUGUGCAGAGGGCACUCCGAGCCAGAGCUUUGAAGAGAUCGUCAUUGGCUAUGGUUGCGAGGGAGACUCCGAUCACAUACGAUACAGUGCGGGUGGAACGCAUAACCAGCACAUCGGAAGACAGAAACAAUUUUUAUACUCACUCGAACAUGAUUUACUCAACAGUUAGCCACUAGAAUUGGGUGAAGUGAGUUUACAACCGCAGUGUCCUGACCUAGCCUCCAGUAUAUAUUUUUUUACUUUCAACCAAGGCCAUAAUUAUAAUAUAUAUUGGGGCAAUUGCAAUGCGACAGGAAACCACGCACCGCCGUCCGAAAUAGUCAUUAGCAAAUGUAAUCAUAACCAUAACUAAACUUAACAAUAUUCUUAGUUCUUUCGGUAAAGUCACGUUGAAGGGAAUCAACAAAAUAAUAAAAUAUAUAUAAAACAAUAUUAUU